AUGACUGAUACACUCAAGCCAUAUCGAAUCCCUCAACUCGAGGGUGGCCAUCGUCCAGGCUCUGACGCAAUCUUUAACUCUCGCAGCAAAGAUGACAUCCUCGCGGCGCUCAAUGAAUGGAACUCCCGGCGCAUUCUUCUAGUCCACAGCAAAGCGCUGGCCAAAAACACACAUGUUAUCUCCGAUCUGAAAGAAGCUCUUAGCGACCGCCUCACUACAGUCAAGGAAGGUGUCGGCUCUCACUCCCCAUACUCCGAUGUCAUCGACAUUGCCCAUCGCAUCACAGAGCACAAGAUAGACUGUAUCAUCAGCGUCGGGAGCGGCUCUUAUUCCGACGCUUGUAAAGUCGCGCGUCUAAUGUCCGCCACUCUGCUUGCUGGCUUCGGUGACAAGGACAUGGAAGAUCUGCUGGAUCAAGAGAAAGGCGUUGCGCCGCAGGACAAGAUGAGAAAAGCAGAGGGCGUGAAGCUCAUUCUUGUGCCGACGAGUUUGUCAGCGGGAGAAUGGAACCAUACCGCAAGUUGCACCAACAGCGCUGGGAAAAAGCAGCAUUUCUCACUUCAAGAUGGUGGUGCGCCAGAUUUAAUCCUCAUGGAUCCAUGGGUUGCGAGAACUUCGCCUGAAGAACUUUGGUUAAGCUCUGGAAUACGGGCUGUUGAUCAUUGCGUUGAGACGCUAUGCAAUCCGGAAUGCAAACAGUAUCCUGAUGUGCAAGAGUGGUGCGAAAAAGCACUGCGAGACUUGGCGAAGGGGUUGGUUGAGUAUAAAGAGGGACUGGGCAGAGGAACAGAAGGUGAAGACGAGCUUGUGCACGGUGUGAGCAAGUGUCAAGCUGGAAGUCGCAUGGCGCUCAUGGGCUUUAUUAUUUACAGAGUCAAUAUGGGCGCCAGUCAUGCGAUUGGCCAUCAAUUGGGUAGUGUUGGAAAGGUCAUGCACGGCAUUACGAGCUGUAUUAUGCUCCCGCCUGUGUUGCGAUACACCAAAGCGAGAAACCCUGAGGCGCAAGCCAAGAUCGUGAAGAUCUUCAAUGAGACGUUGGGAUGGGAGGAGACUGAGGCGGGGGGGUGUGUUGCACGGCUUGUCAAGGUUACAGGACUGCCAAGUACACUAAGAGAGGUUGGGGUCACAAGCGACGAGCAGAUUGAGCAGAUCAUCGACAAGACCAUGACGGAUGUGAUGUUCUCGUUCGGUAAGGUCUUGACGAGAGAAGAAGUAUCUGAGAUUGUAUAUUCCACUAGGUAG